AUGUCCCGAACGCUGUAUCACCUGGCCUGCCUGAGCCUCGUUCCGGCGCUGCUUCAGGCCGCCCCGGCGCCCGUGGACUCCUCUCUCGGUCAAGGUGAGUCUUCCCGGUUCAUUGCAAGCUCAUCAAUCAUUAGAUAAAAUGCUGUUCAUGUCUCAGCUUAAAUGUACUGACCUCGCCUGCGGCAACUGCUUCUUACUCCCAUCAAUGCUGUCCUCAUCCGUUGGCGCGCACCCUCAGGAGUCUCUGUCCUCAAAACAAGGGGGUCCCAGUCGUGCCGACACGUCGCGCAGUGCACCCAGGCCGUCCCGAGAAAUGCGGUCCAGACAUGCAAGGGCGGGAAAUGUGGUUUCGGUGCGUUGUUUUUGCGAUUCGACGAUUCGCUUAUCGGCUUUCGAAUUUCCGCGGGAAUUGGAACUAACUUCUCGCUUCGCUACCUCCUAUCCGCGCCACCCCGCUUUUCCCCCUCUCCUCUUCGCUCGCCUUAUCUCAGCCUGCAAGAGCGGCUACACGUGGAAGGACAAGAAAUGCCAAGCCGCCUCUUCGGGCCAGGCUACGUCGGGGGGGACGCUCCUCACUGCUGCUGCCGGACACAUGGUCGAUGCCAAGCUUGCGUCCAGUGGCAUCACCGGUUUCAAGGCGCAGUCUAACGGCUGGAACACGAAUGCAAUCGCCUCUUGGUUCCGCGUAAGUGAUUGAGGGAAGGGUAUGAUUCAUUUCAUUCUGUGAACUUAUUUUCAAACAUGAUACACCAGACUGACUCGAGUCAAGACUCGACAAACGGACAUUCGUGGUGCUACAAUGAAUAGUGAGUUCCUCCCUCGGCGGUCCGGAAGGCUUGGUCUUGACCUCCCAUGACGGUCCUCAUCGUCGCCUCACAUUCUCUGCUCCCUCAGUGAUGACUCUUUGCCUGGAUUUGCACCCGACGUUUCCGUCAUGCUCGCGAACUUUGGUGGAUCCAACGUCCCGGCCGGUCAAGCCUACUGCGGUCUCGAGGCCGAGGUCGUCACUGCCGAUGGCAGAACGGUCAACUUGAUCAUCAUGGAUGGUUUCGACUCCAAGGUCAGUUUCGCCAUGCACUUCCAACAGAGUAUAUUGGGGCGGACUGUUUGCUCACCUCCGCAUUCCGUUCGCCUACCUCAUACAGUGGGUCCGAACACCGGCCAGCAUCGAUGUCAUCUACAAGGCCUUCGGGUUGCUACACGGCUCGACGACGAACGACAAGGACACCGUCGAGUUGGGCGUGAAGUGGAGGCUGACCGGCCGCCGUGACUCGCGCUACACGUUCAACUCGUCAUAA